AAUCAUGGCCCACGGUCAGAAAAAGUUCCAAGUUGCCAUUAUUGGCGGCGGUAUUGCGGGAAUUGUCCUCGCAAUCUCGCUUCUUAAAAGGAACAUUCCUUGCAAAAUCUAUGAGAAAGCGCAUGCGUUUAGCGACAUCGGUGCCGGCCUGGGAAUAAGUCCCAAUGCACAAAGCGCCAUGGUAGCUUGCGAUCCAAGCGUGCAUAAUGCUUUCAAAAAGGUCGCCAGUGGUAACAUCUGGGAGUCCAAGAAAAACGUUUUGUUUGAGUUUCUUGACGGCAUGGACGCAGCGACUACCGACACCCCUCUGUUCAAUAUCAAGAAUCGUACGGGACUGCAGGGUUGUCACAGGGGCUCCUUUGUAAACGAACUUCUCAAGCUCUUGCCUAGCGGUGUGGUUCACUUCAAAAAGCAACUUCAGAGAGUGGAGGAAGGCAGCAGUGGUGAAAUUCGCCUUGUCUUCCAGGAUGGGGCAAUUGAGGAAGCUGACGCUGUUGUCGGCUGUGACGGCAUUAAGUCCAAAGUUCGAGAAAUUCUAGUUGGCCCAGAUCAUCCGUCGUCAAAGUGCUCUUACACAUACAAAUAUGCGUACAGAGGUAUGAUCCCCAUGCAACAAGCAAUUGAGGUGUUGGGGGAGGAGAGAGCUCUCAAUGCCACUAUCUGGAUGGGGAAGGACAAGCAUCUACUGAGCUAUCCGGUCGCACACGGGACUAUCUUGAAUGUUGUGGCAUAUUGUUCAAGCUCUUGCCCGUGGCCAAGUGAAAGCCAACUGGUGCUUCCGGCCACAAAGGAGGAUCUUGUCCGUGAUUUCGAAGGCUUCCGGCCAUCUGUGUUGAAGGUUCUUGACUAUAUUGAAAUGCUUGACCGUUGGGCUAUCUUCGACUUAGGGGAUAAUCCAGUUCCGAGCUUUGCAAAAGGCCAAAUAUGUAUCAUCGGAGAUGCAGCCCAUGCUUCAUCUCCACAUCAUGGCGCGGGAGCGGCUUUGUGUAUCGAAGAUGCUGCUGUGUUGGCCUCCAUAUUAUCGCAUGACACAGUCCAAGUAGGAGCCGAUAUCAAAGCUGCGUUUGUCGCGUUUGGCAGAAGUAGACGAGAAAGAGCUCGAUGGGUCGUUCAGAAGUCUAGACGAGCGGGUCAACUAUAUGAACAGCAAACUGAGAUCGGUAGUGAUGUUAGUAAGAUGUCUGAGGAGUUGAGGGACACAUUAUCUACUAUCUGGGAGUUUGAUACCAGGGAAGCUAUAAAGAGAGCCUUAGACGACUUAUCAGAAGCGUAA